UCCAAAGGUCAGUCACGAUAGCCCGCUCGCACAGUCGUUCACAAUCCUCACUCAGUGGGUGUGAGAAAGAUCAGAGGCAAACUGCAAGAUGAAGCAUUUUCUACUUUUUGCCAUUGUCUUUGCUGUAUUUCACCUUGGCAAUUCUGAUAUCCCAGACUUUUGCCACCUAACUGAGGAUGAAGGUGUUGGGAGAAGCUUCAUCAUUUCUUUGUACUACGACGCCAACAAUGACCAGUGCAGCCCGUUCAUAUACAAAGGCCAGGGAGGCAACAGCAAUCGUUUCCUAAAUGAACGGGAGUGCAUGAAGAACUGCUCGACCAAUAUAGCCCGCAUCUACCCCACAGAUGCAAUGGCAAGUUGCCACUUGACGAAGCUCAAUGGUGGAUGUAACGGCAGGUUUCUGAGAUAUUACUACGAUUCCGUCCAUGGAAAGUGCAAAAAAUUCCUUUGGACAGGCUGUCAUGGAAAUGGAAACCGAUUUUUUGACCAUGACAGCUGCAAUGCCACCUGUGCCGGUAUCUACGAUAACCGAGCGGAAGAAGAGGAGGAUGAGCCAGACACGCCAAUCGCAAUCAUCUGUGGAGUUCUGCUUGCUGUCAUUGUCGCAUCCAUCAUCAUAACCAUCAUUGUCUUGACAGUUCAGUCUAACAAAAAGCAGAAAGCAUCGGCACAAAGUAAAGAUGAAGAGUCUGAAGCUCCUAUCAAGGAGCAGAGUCUUGAAAUGGCAUGACCUACCAAACACCUUGGGGUCUUUUUUGUGUGUGUGUAAGUGUUGAUAGCACACUUAAGCAUGUGACUCCAACGUUCUGUUUAACACAUGGUACUGAGUAAAGGUUUUGGGCCACCACUGUCUUUGUUGUUUUGACAUUUUUCACAAGUCAUUUUGACAAGAAUCUGUACAUCUUGGAUCUAGAUAAAGUUGCAAAUCUAUUUUCACUAUUUAAGACAAAAUGGCAUCCACCCCCCACCCGUCAUAAUGACAGCACGUGUCUGUUCAUCAUUGACAGGUCUGCCCUCUAGUGAGUGACAUUCUAGUUCAACACCUUCACUUUAGCAACGAAUACAACAGUGGCCUUUGACCUUUGCAGUACUGCACAUAAGUAAAAGUCAUUCCGUAUUUUUUUUAACAGGUACUGUUUAUCUGAUUGGUUGUGUGCCAAUACAAAAAUGUAACAGCUUCAUGACAUGAAAUUAAUCGAACUUAAUUUUAACUACUUAUGAGGAAAUUUGCUAAAUGUGCUCCUUGUUUAGUGUUGCUUUUCAGUGCACGUUAACGGUAACAUACAGUAUGUAGCAUACUUUGGUUGUAAAUGCUUAUUCGAACACUGUAAGCCGAGGAUGGCAGUAAAUAAGCCUUGAACUAUUGUAAUAUUUAAUUUUCACAUGGAGGCUGUAUCAAAUAAAAGACCAAUACAAAUUGAACAAAAUGCAGUAAAUGU